UCUCCAUCUAGUCUAGGGCUUUUCAUGUACCUGUUCAACUCUCAAUUACAUAUCUUGUCUUUGGUAGAAAAUCUCUCGACGAUUAUUAUUAGAGCCGAAGCGGCAAAAAUAUAGGGUUCGGUGAAAACCCACUUCUUCGGCGACAUAGUCGGGUCUCACGGUCUCCUCCAAAAUUCAUCGUCACCGGCGACGGUCACGGAAUUCGGCAGUCACACACACAUGGCUAAGUCGCUAACCAGUAAGGCAGUAACCACUAAACCCCUCCCUGGCUACCGUCAAUUGAAAUCUGAAUGACACGUGGGUAUAUAAACUAUCCCGCUUUCAUGGGUUUCUUUCAUUUCAUUGGAUAAAAGGAGGAAACCCUGCAUUUUAGACGGAGUAAAAGCAAAUUCGGAAGGGAACGGAACAGGAAUUCAGGGAAGGCUAUAAACAUAACAAAAGAACAGCGGCCAUUCUUAUUCCAUCGGCUUCCGCUUGCACCUGAAUUGAGAGAGAUUGGGACAAGAGGAAGUGGAGAGACAUGAGCGCCACAGCGGGAUCACACUCCCUGGCGUUCAGGGUGAUGCGCCUCUGCAGGCCGUCAUUCCACGUCGAAAAUCCCCUCCAGCUCGACCCUCUCGAUCUCCUUACAGGAGAAGACAUCUUCGAUGACCCCAGUGCCGCCUCUCAUCUCCCUCGCCUCUUCAGUCGCAGCAAAGCCAGCACUAACAAAUCUGGCGAAGCCGAUCUCACCUAUCGCAACCGCUUUGAGCUCCAGAAUCCCACUGAUGCCAUGGGCAUCCCAGGCUUCCUCGUCCUCCCCCAAUCCUUUGGCAGAGCAAUUUAUCUCGGGGAGACCUUCUGCAGCUAUAUCAGCAUCAAUAACAGUUCUAAUUUCGAAGUCAAGGACGUUAUGAUUAAGGCAGAAAUUCAAACAGAGAGGCAGCGUAUACUGUUAUUGGAUACUUCAAAAUCACCUGUUGAAUCAAUACGCUCAGGGGGGCGGUAUGAUUUCAUUGUGGAACAUGAUGUCAAGGAGCUUGGGGCUCAUACGCUGGUUUGCACUGCUCUAUACAAUGAUAAUGAUGGUGAGCGCAAAUAUCUUCCACAAUUUUUCAAGUUCAUUGUGGCAAACCCACUUUCUGUCAGAACAAAGGUUCGUACUGUCAAGGACAAUACAUUUUUGGAAGCCUGCAUUGAAAACCAUACAAAAUCAAACCUUUACAUGGAUCAAGUUGAUUUUGAGCCAGCUCAGAACUGGAGCACAACAAUAUUGAAAGCUGAUGAGCACUAUUCAGAGAUCAAUUGUCAAACCAGAGAGAUAUUUAAGCCACCCAUUCUCAUUAGAUCUGGGGGAGGAAUUUACAAUUAUCUCUAUCAGUUGAGGAUGUCCUCGCAUGGAUCUGAACAAGUGAAAGUUGAGGGAAGUAAUAUCCUUGGUAAGUUUCAAAUUACAUGGCGUGCCAAUUUGGGUGAACCUGGGAGGCUACAAACACAACAUAUUCUUGGCAGUCCAAUUUCGCACAAAGAGAUCGAAUUACAGCUUGUGGAGGUUCCAUCCAAAACCAUCUCAGGGAUGCCCUUUUUGAUACACUUGAAACUCAUAAACCAGACAGACAAGGAAAUGGGGCCUUUUGAAGUUUGGAUGUCCGGAGGCAAUUCCCAUGAGAAAUCUAUUACUGUUAAUGGACUUCAGAAAUUGGUUCUACCAAAGGUGGAGGCAUCUGGAUCGACAGAUUUCAACCUGAACCUGAUUGCCACUAGACUUGGGGUUCAGAAAAUCACAGGAAUUACAGUGUUUGACGUAAGAGACAAGAAAACAUACGAUCCUUUACCAGAUCUGGAGGGAUUGUGGGGUUAUUAUCCGGGAGAUCCACUAGAGAAUCGAUUCCUUCUCGUUGCAGGAAGGAAUGCUCCAUGCUCAGAUAAUGCAUCAUCCACGCUCUUUGCAAGUGGUUCUUUCAUUGAUCACAAGAUCCGCUGGGACUUGACCUGUAGAACGAUACCUGCGCUUUGGCAGUUCACGGCUUUCAUUUCUUACGUUGUUAACUUGGGUCAUCGUGUGGUUUUAGAUUUUGGACUUCACUUCCCCACUGUAAGAAGAGCACAGUCAUCAUGUUCUGGUAAUACUUAAGAAAUCUUUACAAUGAAAUCAUUUCUAGUAGGAUUUCUCUUUCUUA